CCAGGCCCCGCCGCCGCCGCCGCCAGGUGGUGUUUGGAGACUAGACCAUGGGCCUGGGCAGCCGCCGCCUCCCGCACAGCCCUCCGCCCACAGCGGCUCGCCCCCCGCCCUUGUGCUGAGACCCUCCCUGAGCCCUUGCCAGCGCCCAGCCAUGGGGGAUAUGAAAACUCCAGAUUUCGAUGACCUUCUGGCUGCCUUUGACAUCCCCGACCCCACCAGUCUAGAUGCCAAGGAGGCCAUCCAGGCCCCCAGUGAGGAGAACGAGGGCCCGCUCAAGCCCCCAGGCAUGUGCGUGGACGAGGGCGUGUCCUUGUCCCACGCGGGCGCGGGCAGCGACGUGCCGGCCGUGAGCGUCAUCGUCAAGAACACCAGCCGCCAGGAGCCGUUCGAGGCGGAGAAGGGCCACGUGUCUCCCAGCCUCCUCCACAAUGGGUUCCGGGGCCCGGAUCUGCCUCCGGAGCCUCACGGCCUCGGCCACGGCUGCGGCAAGGUGGACUCCGCCUUCAUGAACGGGGACCGCGCCCGCAGCUUCCCUGGCAAGCUGGAGCCGCCCAGGGCCGCGCCGCUGCACACCUUCAGCCAGUUCAGCCCCAUCUCCAGCCCCGAGUCCGAGGAGGCCAUCAAGGACCAUGGGUUUGGGGUGAAGCCCAAGCCCUCGGACAGUUACUUCUCCCCCCCUCCCGGGGGGGGCUCCGUGCUAGAAGCGCUGGCCAAGUUCCCGGAGCUGCACAUGUUCGAUCACUUCUGCAAGCGAGAGCCCAAGCCAGAGCCCGGGCUGCGGGGGAGCCCCCCAGAGCGCGAGCAGGCCCGGCAGAAGGUGGCCGAGCCCCCCGAGGAGCUGGAUGCCAGUCGGUUCUUCGGAGACGCUUUGGAGUUCGGCAGCCACCCCGGCAAUAGUGUCGGGGAGCCCCGGGGGCCGGCCCCGGAGCUUGCUUCCUGCUCGGCGGUGCCCCCCAGGCAGCGGCUCAAGCCAGCUCACUCCAGACUGUCCUCUUGUGUGGCGGCCUUGGUGGCCCUGCAGGCCAAGAGAGUGGCCGGUGUCACUAAGGAGGAGCAGCCUGGCCACACCAAGGACCCCUCGGGGCCCCCGAAAGAGGGCUCCAAGGGCAGCCCCAAAACGCCUAAGUCACCAAAGAGUCCCCGGAGCCCUCUGGAGGCCACGAGGAAGAGUACCAAGCCACCGGACAGCCCCCGGAGCGUCUGCAGCGACAGCAGCAGCAGGGGCUCCCCCUCCGUGGCCGCCAGCUCCCCGCCAGCCAUUCCCAAAGUCAGAAUCAAAACCAUUAAGACAUCGUCAGGGGAAAUCAAACGGACCGUCACCCGGAUCCUGCCGGACCCCGAUGACCCCAGCAGGUCCCCCGUCGGGUCUCCUCUGGGGAGCACUGCUGCCGAGGCCCCCAGCGAGGGGCCAGGGGACGAGCCCCCCGCCCCACCCGUGGCUGAGCCGGCUCCCGAGGCGGCCACACACUCAGGGAGCCCCCAGGGCGACAGGAGGGCCGACGAGAGGGCCAAGAAAGCCUGCGAGGUGGCCUCCUCGCCCGGCGGGGGUGCUGGGGGGCAGGGCUCCCGGGGGGCCGGCCCGGGGGCCCAGGCAGGCAAGAAGCCGCCCCCGGGCCCACAGGCGUCCCCCCUGGCCCCGGCCAACCUGCUGCCCAAGGCCGUGCACCUGGCCAACCUGAACCUCGUGCCCCACAGUGUCGCCGCCUCGGUCACGGCCAAGUCCUCCGCGCAGAGGCGGGGCCAGCCGCCGCCCCCGCAGAUGUCCGUGCCCCUGGUGCACCAGGUGAAGAAGGCCGCGCCCCCGGCUGUGGAGGUCUUCCACAAGGUCCUGCACAGCUCCAACCCCGUGCCCCGCUACGCCCCCAACCUCAGCCCGCCCGCCGACAGCAGCAUCCGCGUGCCGGCCAGCGGCUACUGCUGCAUGGAGUGCGGCGACGCCUUCGCGCUGGAGAAGAGCCUCAGCCAGCACUACGGCCGGCGCAGCGUCCACAUCGAGGUGCUGUGCACGCUCUGCGCCCAGACGCUGCUCUUCUUCAACAAGUGCAGCCUGCUGCGCCACGCCCGCGACCACAAGAGCCGCGGCCUGGCCAUGCAGUGCUCCCAGCUGCUGGUCAAGCCCAUCUCCGCCGACCAGAUGUUCGCGGCGGCCCCCGCCGGCUCCCCCACCCCGGCGCCCCCCGCCGCCCCCUCCCCACCCCAGCAGAGCCUCCCCGCGGGCAGCGCCAGCCUCCCUCUGCCGGCCCUGCCGCUCUACCCCGACCCCGUCAGGCUCAUCCGGCACGGGGUCAAGUGUCUGGAGUGUCACAGGCAGAUGCGCGACUACGUGGCCAUGGCGGCGCACUUCCAGAGGACCGCGGAGGACACGGAGGGGCUGACUUGCCAGGUGUGCCAGAUGCUGCUGCCCAACCAGUGCAGUUUCUGUGCCCACCAGCGGAUCCACGCCCACAAGUCCCCCUACUGCUGCCCAGAGUGUGGGGUCCUCUGUCGCUCUGCCUACUUCCAGACCCACGUCAAGGAGAACUGCCUACACUACGCCCGCAAGGUGGGCUACAGGUGCAUCCACUGCGGUGUUGUCCACCUGACCUUGGCCUUGCUGAAAGGCCACAUCCAGGAGCGACAUUGCCAGGUUUUCCACAAAUGUGCAUUCUGCCCCAUGGCCUUCAAGACUGCCAGCAGCACCGCAGACCACAGCUCCGCCCAGCACCCCGCCCAGCCCCACCGGCCCUCACAGCUCAUUUACAAGUGCUCCUGCGAGAUGGUCUUCAACAAGAAGCGGCACAUCCAGCAGCACUUUUACCAGAAUGCCAGCAAGGCGCAGGUGGGCGUCUUCAAGUGCCCCGAGUGCCCACUGCUGUUCCUGCAGAAGCCAGAGCUGAUGCAGCACGUCAAGAACACCCACGGGGUUCCUCGGAACGUGGAUGAGCUGUCGAGCCUCCAGUCUCCAGGGGACCCGUGCUCCAGCCGCCCCGGCUCGCGUGUGCCCACAGAGCCCCCCGUGCCCAGCGUGGCGUCCCGGGGCAGCUCCCUGCCCUCCAGCCGCUGGGGCAGGGCCGAGGCCCACCGCCGGGCAGAGGCCAGGCCCCGGCUGAGGAGCACGGGCUGGACGUGCCAGGAGUGCCAGGAGUGGGUUCCUGACAGGGAGAGCUACGUGUCCCACAUGAAGAAGAGCCAUGGGCGGGCGCUGAAGCGGUACCCGUGCCGGCAGUGCGAGCUGUCCUUCCACACCCCCAACAGCCUGCGCAAGCACAUCCGCAACAACCACGAUACCGCCAAGCGGGUGUACACCUGCGGGUACUGCACGGAGGACAGCCCCAGCUUCCCACGGCCCUCCCUCCUGGAGAGCCACAUCAGCCUUAUGCACGGCAUCAGAAACCCUGACCUGAGCCAGACGUCCAAGGUCACACCUCCGGGUGGACACUCCCCUCAGGUGAACCAUCUGAAAAGACCGGGCAGCGGAGCGGGGGACGCUCCGGGCACCAGCAACGGCGCAGCCGCCUCGGCCACCAAGAGGCACAAGCCCCUCUUCCAGUGCGCCAAGUGCAGCUUCGCCUCGGACUCGGGGCUCGCGUUCCAGAGCCACAUACCUCAGCACCAGGCCGACAGCUCCACGGCCCAGUGCCCGCUCUGCGGCCUGUGCUACACCUCCGCCGGCUCCCUCGGCCGCCACCUCUUCAUCGUCCACAAGGUGCGGGACCAGGAGGAGGAGGCGGGGGCGGCGCCGCCCGGGCAGGGCUCCCAGGAGGAGCUGCUCCUGCCGACCCAGGAGAACGGGCUGGAAGACUGUGCCAGCGAGCCCUCGCUGGGCGACCCCGAGGCCCGGCGACCCCCCAGCCCGGCCGCCGAGGAGGACAGCGCCCCUGAAGCCCCGAGUCCAGCACAGGCUUCUCAGGACCAGGACAGCCGCGCCCCGUCCCCGCAGGUGUGACCGGAGCUGGGGCCGUGCGUGGCCGGUGGCGCCUGGACGGCGGGAGAAGAGGGCCCGUUCCCAGGGGUGUGGCCAGCUGGGCCCUGGAACCUGCUGCCCGGGAGGCGGGUCGCCUGGAUUCCUCACGGCUCAGAAUCUGCUUCUGUUAUUUAUGGCUUUGUGCUGCUUCUGGUCCCCGACGCUGGCCUUUGUCCUUCCGGCCCCAGGCUGUUGAGUGGCCCGGCCCCACAGCUGUCACCUCGGCUUGAACCCCCUUCUCAACCGUGUGCUCCCGGGAGGCUCCGCCUGUGCUCCAGCCAGGCCUCUCCCAGGCGCUCAGGGCCCCAUCUGGGCCCAGCAGCCGGGGGACGGGGCACGGGCUGGCCCCUCUGGGGGCCACUGCCCGCCCGGCCUGGCUGGAGCCCUUGGUCAUCUUGCCCCGCCUUCCUGUCUUCUCCGCCUCUUCCCCCCAAGCAGCCCUGGCUUGUCCCGUCUGUGUGGGGGACGCCCCUGUCGCUCUUUGCUCUUUGGAGCCUGGGAAGCAGGCGCCACAGGGAGGCCGCAGAGGGCAGCCCCCGGGGAGCGGCGUGCCCGGUGCCGCUGUCCCUGCCUGUCCUGCGGGUGGGCCUCGGUGGGACGUGUGUCCUCCCGCUCCUGUGGCCCUGGAGCGGCUGCCCCGCCAGCCCUCCUCCUCGGCCGCACCCGUGUUGCUCAGACUCUUUCCAAUAAAAAACCUUCUUACCGUGCAGGUAGGCUCUUGUGUUCCUCUCCAGUGAGCCUGGCCCUGCUCCCCGGGGCGCCUCUCUGCAUCCGGAGCUCGAGGUCAGGAGGCCGUGAACCCGGGUCUCCAGAGACAGCCGAGGAGCAACAGGAGGGUCUCGGGGGUGGUCCCGCCAGUGGCACCUGCUCUAGGGCACGCUGGAGUUUUCUGGGCACUUCUGUCUUUACCACAAGUGGAUUUUCAACCCACGAAAACCCUGUGUGGGUGAGGGGGCCGGGGAGCGGGAGGGGCCGCGGCUUUCUCGCUGUUGCCCCCAGAGCCGGUGUGGCAGCCCCGGGUUAGAUGGGACAGGCCGUGGAGGUGACUCUGACCUCUGACCCAAGCGGCAGCGGCCAGGUGGGAGCCGGUGUCCCCCAGGAAAGUGGGCGCUGACCAGUUCUCAGAGGCGAUCUCGAGGGAGGGGCUCCAUACCCGCUGCACGUUACUAGGCCUGACCUUCCCACAAUUGGGGAAACAAAAACAAAAUGGUUUUUCUUCCUCUGUCAUCAUGCCAGCUUGCUGGUGGAAAUGCCGAGGCAGGGGCACAGGCUAGUUUCGGGGCAACUCUGUUUAAUGAGGCCGCGCCUGGCCAGGCUGCUGGCCCCUCCCAGGCAGGCGGGGGCGCUGGGCCUGGAGCCUGCAGGGCCAGAGCCGCCCAGCUUAGCCGCGUCCUGCUCCGACUCCAGGCUGCUGGCGCUGGCGUUGCGGUGGCAGGAGCAGAGGGUGCUGGAGGCGCCGGGGUGGAAGGGCCCGGGGUCUCCCUGCCGGGACCCGUGGGUGCCGGGGGGUACAGAGGAAGAGGCAGCCCAGGCUCCUCUCCCCCUGGACCCUGGGGCCGUCUCGCUCCCGAGUGGCCUCCGCAGCCUCAGGCCACUGCCAGGUUGCUCGCCAGGAAACGCGGGUCACAGCCCGGGACGCCUGUUCUUACCGGCCCUCUCGCCCACGCCCCACCCCCGGAAAACACACCCGCUCGUGACUCCGCGGGCCCCGUGGGGUGAGCAGGCGGCGUUUUCUCGCUGGCAGACACCACUUUAGAGGAGGGGAGUGUGGCCAGGUCGCUGUUGCGUGGGAUUGGGCGUAGGGGGUCCCCGAGAGUGGGGGACAGUGCUCGCAGCCCUGCCCAGGGCCCGGCGUGCCUGUGUUCACAGGGAAAGCUGAGGCCCAGGGGGUGGGAAACGUGCUGCCCCCUCGAGUGCUGUGCUGAGUCUCGGCUGUCUGGCCCCAGGUCCGAGGCGCCAGCCUCUCUGGCUGGAGGCCGGCUGCUUGGGCAGAAUGCCCCGUCAGCACUUUGCAGCCUCCAGACACCCACUGCUUUCCUACCUCCCCUGCACUUGGGGUGCCCCUGAGUGCCAGGCUCUCUGGAGUCCGCCUGUGCCUUGUCACCGAGGAGGGUGGGUGACGUGUCUGGGUGGCCUUCUGGUCUGGGGGGAUUCAUCUGGCCGCUGGAAGACCCACCCCUUUGGGGGACCAUCCCAGAAAGGUCACCUGCCCGUCGUGGGGAGCACGACUCCCUGGGCCAGUAUCUCCUGGUCUUUUUAAAGAUCUUUUUAGUGGCUCCGCUGCUGGCCUCAGAGCACCUUGCUCUAGCGAGCUCUCGGCCACCGCCCACGCCUCUCCCGGCAGGCCCCGCGGCGAGACCCCCGCCCCCCGAGACAGUGCAGUUCAGCACCGAGAGGCCGGACGAACCGAGUGUCUCUUCUCUGGCUGCUCUAUCUUGUAAAACAGUGCGCUGAGGUCCUGGAAGCCACUUGGCGCGGGGGAGCGUUCCCUUCACCUAUGUAAACAGUCUGCUUGGCGAGAACGUCACACGUGUGGCUCGGCAAGGGCAGCCCCCGUGCCUCCCCGAGCCGAGGAAGCCCCCUUUUCUGGUCACCGGGCACACUCGCUUUCACUUGUUUUUAAAUUGAAAGAGAAAAUUUUUUAAAAAAUGAAUGCAUAUACAUGGUAAGACAUGCAAACCGUACGCGAGUACGUCAGAAAGUAGGCCUCGCUCUGGCGGUCAGCCCUGCCUGUCCCCUCUCCGGAGUUAAUAACUGUUAUCGGUAUCUUGUGUAUUCUCUCUGAGCAAUUCUAUGCAUUUAUGAGUUUAUAAAUAUGUAUAUUUAUAUAUCUAUUUUUAAUACAAAUGGUAGCAUUCUAUCCGCAGUUUCGAAGCCUGCUUUUUUCACUUCCGCUGGAGGUUGUGCCAGGUUUGUUCCGUGGGUCAGCCCCAUUCUCCUGGAACUCCCAGCACAGUCCGUGCGUGCAAUGGCAGUGCACAGAGUGGGUGUGCACAGAGUGGUGUGCAGAGUGGGUGUGCGCAGAGUAGGUGUGUGGAAUGGUGUGCACAGAGUGAGUGUGCAGAAUGGGUGUGCACAGAGAGCGUGUGUGGUGUGAGUGCACGUGUGAAUGAGUAAAUCCCUUCUCUCAGGGUCUGGUCUGAGCAAGAGAGAAGCUUCUAGAUUCUAGAACGUCCCCUGUCCUUUCCAAGAUUCAGCCCGCUGUCCACAUUCUGCACCGCAGAUGCACAGCAGCUGCAGCCCCGGGCGCGGGGAGCCUGGGGUCCUCUGGGGGGGAAGAGCAGACUAAGACCCAGGUCCCAGAUAUGGGGCUGGGGGCUCCCUAUUUAGAAUACUUUCUUAUUGGAAAAUUUAUAUAAGAUUAUUAGAAAAAAUUAAAAACAUGCAUAUUUAUAAUCCAGUCUUACCUUGGCUGCUGUUUUCAUUUUUGCAUGUCAUUUUUCAACCCAGCUCGGCGCCUUCCUAGCUGAGUUGAUGGUGCGAUUAUGGUGAUGACCGUGGUCAGCGUGGAACAUUUCUGGAUGACACACUGUUCUCGUUCAUCCUCUUGUUAAACUUCCUAACAGCCCCCCGAGCAGACGUGACCAUCGUGCCUUUGGAGGUUCAGUGUGGCCAAGGAAUCCCCUACUCCACAGAGCGGUGUAGGCAGGGCUGGGAUGAGCAGGUGGCCCUGCUCCCCUCUGCUCACCCACUUUUCCCUACUGGUCUUGGGGCCCCGGCACUUUCUGGUUGAAAUCAUCGUUUUUCCGGAGCUGUAACCACUUUCAAACCAACAUGAUUCGUUUACCCGCUUCCUGUUUGACAUCUAACGCUGCCGCGCCCCGCGCGCUGGGCUUAUG